AUGUCACACCUCACAGGCGACCCAAAACGCCACGACCUCUCCACCUUCAAGGACUCGCUAAGCGGCAGCUGCCUCUGCGGCAGCAUCACCGUGACCAUCCACGACAACGAACUCUUCACAAAGCCUCGCGGCCACCUCUGCCACUGCGCAAACUGCCGAAAAGUGUCUGGAUCGGUGGUAUCCGCAAAUCUAAUCAUGGAAGAGGAAAAAGUGGACAUCAACGACAGAGAUGGCACGAUGAAGGUGUAUGAGGAUAAAGCCACCAACAGUGCUGACUUUUUGUCUUGCGCANGUCCUGUCAUGUCAAAGGUUGAUGCGUUGGCUGGCAAGGUGAUUGUCAAGAUGGGAAUGAUGCCUGUGAUUCCUACGCCCGAGAUGGAGAGUUUUGCUGCGCAUAAGCAUACUUGGUUUAAGAAGCCUGAAGGCGUGAAGUCAUAUAAGAUUCUUCGCACUGGGGAGUUGAUGGAUGAUGAGUAG